ACAAAACGAAGAAGGAUAAACGAAAACCACACAAAACAAACACAAACGAUACACACAUACAUACACUCACGAACGAGAUGUUAUCAUUACCAAAAUUUGAAUUAGCGUAGUAGAAAAAAAUGACAUUACUCAAGCGUAAGCGCGAAGCGAAAUCAUCAAUUAUAGCGAAACAAACUAUUUGCGAAGAAAUUAAUUAGUUCAAUUGAUUAACAGAAAGGAGGCAUCAUAAAUACGAAACGUAUAUUCGCGAUAAGCAUCACUGUUGGGUACAUUUCGAUUUGUAUAGCGAGAGAAAGAGCGCGCGAGAGAGAGAGAGCGAGUGAGCGAGUGAACAUCACAAGGAAACCUUAUCACGUACACGUACUCUCGGUUCUCGGUUCUAGCAAGAAAAAAAAUCGUUUGUUCAUUUCACGCCCUACUCUAUUCCCGCUCGGUAUCGGAAUGACCGUGUUUGUACAUUAGAACGCCACUAGUGGCCACCGAUUACAGCCGAAAGGCAGGCUCGCGGGCCAACCAACCACGCGUGCUAAAUGAAUUUUAAAUCAACUAGUUCUCUUUCUCUCAUACCAAACACACACACACACACAUGACUGCGAUUGUAAAUAGGAGAAGGAAAAGGAAAAACGACUGUAAAUUUAACAAGGCAUGAGACGGAACUCUGGCGCAAAGAAGCGUGAAAGAAGGUGAACCAAACCCCCCCCCCCAGUGCACAAAGCGCCCGCAGCAGAAGCAGCAGCAGCAACAGGAAUAAGUACAGCAUCCGUGGGUGCGGGAGUAGCGAAACGGUGCUGACGCGAUUAUGAAUUUAACUAUAUUUUUAAAGAAACCUAAGCUAAGCGAGCAUUACAUUGCAAAUAUCAUAUGCAUCAUUACAUAAAGCAAUACCGAGCGCGGGAGAAGGAGAUGAAGAAGAGUAUGGCUCUAAAUACAGACGGACAGACAGAUACAGACUCAAGACAGGGGAUAUAUUCAGUGUGAUCGUAAGGCAGGUGUGCGCUGUUCGGGAAGGUCGAGCAUCCCCCUGUUUGCUCCUCUGUACAUACUGUUCCGUGUUCCGUGUGGGUGUCGGAAAAUUGCCAAACCACAAACAAAAAGGAAAAACUGAUUGAUCCUAACUCCUCACUGUUGAUGCGAUCGCAUCCUUAGAAACAAACAGGAUAAUACUUCGGAAUAACAAGAGUGAGACAACGGAGGAAAAGGAUCGGAGGGAAAACAAGAUCGACACUCGAACACACACUCACACACACACACACAGCUAGAACAGGGACUAAAUGUUGGCGCAAUGUCUCGCAGCAUCGCGCGUCAUAGAAGGGUGAAAAUCCAGAUCCAGAGUCAUGCGAUGGAUUGGACACAAUUUUUGGGCUGUUAACUUUCGUGCUACAAAGACUCAGAAACACACGCACACACAAAUACAAGAACAAAGAAGAGCUUCGGGUAGCUUCGGAUUCGGGGCUAGGCAGGGUGGGGGAUCAAUUUUUGCAUCCCUGCCCGCAUCACACAAUGUAUACAACAAGCACGUGGAAGCCGACAUAAGCAAUAGUCAGUCCGUGAAUAGCUGCGUGAUAUAGAGUCCACCACUGCUGGUCCACUACUUGGCGGGCGGGACACGCAUCACGCUCCCAUUCUUAUGCUUAGUACUGUAUUGUAGCCUUCCAACUGACGGCCGAAACCGAUCGACCGACCGUGUUUCGUUUUGCUUCCGUGAUUGCCGUUGUAUGCACGGCAUGGGUGAACUGAGCGCAAGGUGUCCGUGGCCCACUCGGCGGUCGGUACCCACGUUAUCACAGCCGUGCAGUCGUCACACUCGUCCAAUCUCCAACAACUCAUCUACCAACAAACAAAAGCCCCUCCCCCGUCUAUGUACAUACAAACAAUCAAACGUGAAACUGAGCAUUAGCAUGCGCGCAUGCAUGGAUACAGAGCAUACCCAUUAUAGCGCAUACAAAUUCAUCAUAGCGUCCGGUCGUGGGGGCGAGGUCUCCUGACGGAAGAAUUGAAUACUUGAUACAUAAUAUUCGCCCGGAAGCGAUCGCAGCGUCGAAAAGCGAGAGCGGAUUCCACAGUGGGAAACAACACACAUAGACACAUUAAGCAGGAGUUAGAAUAGCAUACAGCAAAACGCGCAAAACAGCGGGAAAAUGGCGUGAAAAGAGAGGGAACGAAGGAAGCCGAAUCCAGUGAUUUUAUAGAAAUACAAAUAACAAUUUUAAUAACGACCAAACUUAGUUAUACUAAAUAUAUAUACAUGAAAAUAUAUAUAUAUACAUAUACAUAUAUAUAUUAAUAUUUUAUUGAUUGCUAAGCAAAAUUAUAGAGGGAAAAUCAAACGAGGGAAAUACAAAAAAACAGCGCGGAGAUCCAAGAGUAAUGAGUAAAAGAACAAAAACAAAAUCCAAAAAAAAAAACACACGUUGUCGAUCGAUCAAGACACACAGCGGCACAGUGGCAGUGAAUAUAUACAUAGGUAUAAUAUAUAAGUAAAGUAAAACCAAACCAAGCGAAGGGGAGGAAACAAAAUCGAUAACGCUAAUCGAGGGACGAAAACGAAGGGAAGGUAAGCAUAAUGUUAUAAGAAGCGCGAAGAGGAAGAAAACGAUGCAUAACAUAAAAAGAGAAAGAAAAAACCAUUAAUUGACUACUAAAACACCAACAAGUGCUAUUAGUAAUAGAAAUCGAAUAUUAUCAUAUGUUAUUGAACAAGUAAAAGAAAACCAGACGGAUAAAGUAUAGAAAAAAACAACAAACAAACAAACAAACAAAAAGUAAGGAAAAACAAAACAAACAAACACUACGAAUUAAAACAAAGAAAAAACCAUACACUCACACACUAGAAAAACACACACACACAGACACAUAAAAACAUAUAAAAAUAUAGUAAUAAAGCAAGGCGAAAUUCUAUUGAAAUGCAGGAAAAGGAAGGGCUAGAAGAUGCUACGAACAAGGAACAAGCCGAGCUGAGCCGAUUGGGGGCACAAAAUAGAUAGAUCGCUGCUGGCACAAAAUGGCUACCCCAUGCAUGCAAAUGAAAGGGAAACAUUGGUAACGAAACAAAAAAAGUGAAAACAAAAAAACAAACACACACACACAAGCCAAGAUGAGAUGAGACAAACACACACAUACACACACACAUACAAAAACCACAAAAAAUAUCUAAAUUGGUACCAUUAUCUGUACAUACAUUAGUUCGGUUGAUUACAAGUUUUGGGUACUAUUUUACUUAUAAGUUUAGUGAAAAGAAAAAAAAUAGUUACUGCCUUACAUAACUAUACAUAUAUAUAUGUACACAUAGCUGUGUAUGUAUAUAGAUAUAAAUAUACAUAUAAAUAUAUAUAUACAUACAUAUGAAUAAACUAAAUCGAAAAUAAGCAUGAGCUAUUAUGGAAAGCGAUGUAGUGGAAUGACAAACACAAGCAAAACGAAACGGAAAACGCGCAGGAAAGUGACCACGAUACUGGCCGGUGACAAUUGUACUCAUCAUCAUUCACUCACACACACACACGCGACACUAGUGGACAAAGGACAACACAACAAAACGGAAACGAAGCAAGCGAGAGGGCAAACACCAUUUGUAAAUACUUUCCUGUAUACAAUAACUCCAAGCUGUAAAAGCAUUUGCUGCAACCUCGAAGCACUCGACACACGCCAACAACUACUUACAACACAAACCAACACACAAACGCGCGUAAGAAUAUAAGUAAACGCUUGGACAGCAAACAACUUUAUACAACGCUGCACAACUAAAUGCAAAACGUUUUACCCACAUCAUUUCAAUAACCAGAAACAAAGCAAGCAACGACAACUGUCAAACUGACAACUGGCAAAUCACCAAACCAAAUGAUCCUUGCUCGUGACAGCGACUAAACACAAACACAAACACUCACUGACAGACAGAACGCGCAACACACGCUCAAACUGACUACUAACACACUCACACACUCGAGACACAUUCUUCAGCAAAGGUUACGCGUUCACAUCGGUAAAAGUGGUCUUAGGAAUGCUCUAAACUCUUCUAGAUAUAAGUUCUAAUUCAAUACUACCUAAACAUGAAACACCAAUCUCUCUAGGGUACGGAAGCAAAGGAAGGUUUUGUUUUGCUCUUUUUCAUACGAACGCGGACACGUUAAAACCCAAUUAAAAGCGAAUAGGAAGGAAGAUAAACAAACUAAUCUCUAAACUGAAAACAAAUAAAACUGCCCCCGCGAUGUGUGCUCAGGUGGCAAUAGUACGAAACGAUGGGAAGGAUGCACAGUUGCACACAGCCACAGCCACGCAGAAGCAGCAGCAGAAGCCAUCAAAGCACACACACGCAAGCGGUUCUAGCUUAAGAAUUGAUUCUAGAGGAAUAAAAACAAACAUACAAAAGUAACAAGCCAUUAUCGGAUCGGGCCGGUUUUAGGGGUUCUCCAAUCGGUUCGACGACGGCCUGGGAUUUAGGCUCGAGGUUAGUAGCGUUGUAGGGUAGGGAUACCCCAUCCCCCCACAUUAUUGUCCCAUGAGGUGGGGUGGGACAUGGGCGAAUUUAAGUAAGUAAGUUAAACUACAAGUGAAACAUAGUGAAAGCGAAACAAACAAACUAGGUUCAAUAGUUGGUGGUAGGAUUGACAACGAUUGCCCUUUUACACGUAACACAAAUCGCUCUAGGCUCGUUUCUUCCGUUCGCUCAUCGAAGUUUUGAUCUCGUACAUCUCGGUUUGCGUUUCGAUUCGCUCCCCUAACAAAGGAACAAAAAACAACCCUUGUUCUCCUCACCCUUAUACGAUACAUAAUUAAAUCAACAACAGCAGCACACACACACAAAGAAAAAGAAGUAACAGAGAAAGAAAACAUAGAAAAUUAAAGGAAAAAAUAAUACUACUUGCGCUUGUACAGAAAUACAAACACCCCCGGCAUCGAAACUACACUCCCACAGGUCCAGUGAGAAACUCCAUUAUCAACAGCGAAACGAAGCAGAAGAAUGAGAAAACCUCACACACACACUCCCAUUCACACUAUGGAAGCAAAAGAGAAGGAUAAAGGAAGGAAGAAACACAGACAGACAUCAACAGCACUCACACUCUCAUGCUCAUUCGUGUAAGUAAUCAAGCAGAACAGAAAAGCAAAAAAAGAAGUAUCAUAAGAAAAACAAAAACACAACAACAUAUUAACCUAAGUCGAAAGGGAAGAUAGUAACACAAACGAAUAGAAAAAACAAAGAGAGAGAUGGGGGGGAGAAAAACAAAAACAAACCUAGAUAGUGGAUAAAACAAAACGAAACAAACAGUAAAAGAAAAAAACAAUGUAAAUCGGUGAGCAAUAGUGGAAAACAGACAAAGCAACCCAGAAGGGAGAAAGUAAAAGCAUAAAAACACAACCUAAAAGUAAGCAAUCGCAACAGCAAAACGAAAUCAAACGAACAAAGUCUGGGUGAACGGGAAAACGAAGGUGAAGCGAACUAAACCACGAACCAAUAGGAAGGAGAAGGAAAAAGACAAACAGAGGCCCAGACAUCAGUAGCAGCAGCAGCCCGGUGGUCAGUAGUAUCAGGAUGGUCAAAAUGGCCACCAUUGCCAACUAAAGGAAUUCGUUAUCCGUAUCCGUUCGUUCUGCGUAUUGAAGUUUAUACACACACACAUUCAAACCCAUUUUCAACACACACACACACACUUACAGCCAAUUGUUUCACAUUGAUUGUUCCAACAUUGGUUACGCUGCAGAUAGACGUUUAGAUUACUUAGCAAACGAUUCUGCUGCUGGGGUUGGGACAAAAUGGCGGAUCUUAGAGUGUGAUGCCCACCCAAAGCCCUAUUUCAUCCCUCUCUAGAGGUAGGUGUGUGCGUGUGUAUGUGUGCUGGCGGUCGAAGCAAAGAAAAAACGAGAUGGCGAACAGAGGCAUUUGAAAGGCAGAAUAAACAAGCAAAUAAAGGGAACAACAAACAGGGGCAUAAAAGAAGGAAAACGAAGGGAAAGAAAUCAAACAAACACCAAAUUAUGUAACGCAUUGACUUAAAUACCCGGUUCCGGAGCCAAAGGCCGUGUGUGUGUGUGUGUGUGUGUGUGCGUGUGUGGGUGAGUGUUUCUGCAAACCGCAACGGGACCUAACGUAUAAAGCUCGCGAAAAACGGAGAAUAUAACCGGGCAAAACUUUUAUUACCCAGAGUGCUUCCAGCAAAACUUUACAAACACAUUUCUCGAUCGCAAUAAUGAUGCAGGUAACCGACGUUCUGUUGUUAGCUGCCUAAUCUCACACGGCCUGCCGAUCUGUCUCGAUUCUCCAAGACAUUGGAUUGGGGCAAGAGUUGAUGAUGAUGCUUCACAUUCCUUUACUUAAAAUUUCUUCACAUUUGUAAGCAAGCCAAGCAAAAGAAAGAAAGCGCGAGAGAGAGAGAGAGAGAGAGAGAGAGAGAGCAGGAGCGAGAGUGAGAGCGAGAGAUGCCUAGAGAAAGCGUCCCUAACCUAGCAAAAGGGAUAGAAAAUGGGAAGGUAUGGUAGACAUUACGAAAAAAAUGCAUCUUAAAAUACAGAGCAAAGCGGAAUCAAAUACAGUGUGUCCUGCAUGCAAUUAAAUUAGCGCAAACUCGUUAUAGCUAAAAACAAAACUAUUCAUUCAAUUAAGUAGAGCAAAACAAAACGGAAAAAAUCGCAUUAAUUAAAAUAAAAAAACAAACAAAUCGUUGAUCGUGUAACUACUUAAAACCAAAUAUCAAAAUUUCGAACGAACUGCUAAUUAAAAACAACAAACGAUCUAAAACAUAAUAAAGCGUACUUUUAAAAACAACGACUUCCCUAAACUGCCACCAGCACUGGCACAAAGCAUUUUUCCCGCUGAACGUUGUUUGAUACAGGUAUCGGGGUCCAGCACAAAAUGUGUGGUUACGAGUUUCGAGCUAGGACGCCAGACAGGGCAGCGACUAACUUCUAAAAAGCCAAAGGAAAACACCAAGAAAACCUAGCACGCGCCAUAUUGUUGAACACGUGCGCGCGCGCGCGUGCCAUUCGUCUGUUUCUGUUGUGUCUGUUGUGCGCCGCAACGAAUACUUUUAACUUACACAAGCAAAGGUGUUAAGCGUUAAGUAGGAACGAAAUGAAUAAGCAAAACAAAAACGGAAGUGACUAACCUUAAUUCGGCGAGCGUCAUCCGUUUGUGGCGUUACUUUCACUGAUUUUGUGUGUGUGCGUUCGAGCGGUUCACUGAUGAUCUUGUACAGAGCAGGCACCGCGUGUGUGCACGCACCACACGCAUACCAUUGUAAUUAGUAAGUAGCUGUAGUUCGUUUGUGUGUGGCCCCCGGGGAAGAUGGCCGGCUAGUAGCGCAGAGUGACACUUAACGCUGCGAUGCUAAUCUCAAGCCGAACACACGCACACACACACACAUACAAGGGAAACACAAGGUAGCUUGUUGGGACCAGGUCCACGCGUAGAAGGUGUUGAGUUUAAGCUUCAAGCAUAGAGAAAUAUCGAGCGACGUUUAUAGUAUCGGUUCCAGUGAUCGUUUCUGUUUUGCUCUUCCCAGAAACACAGAUCGGAGUAGUCAGGCGGUAGUCAGGAGGCUGUACAGAAGGAUCAGGCAGCCAUGCUAGUUGCCAUGGCGUGCCUCGAAGAGAGCGACACAGCAUACAUACACAUACACACAAGUAGGCCACGUCGAACAGUGAGGCAAUAAGAAUCGAUGCGAUGCGAUCAUCCGCUAAUCCAAGGCUAGGAACACACCAGUACACUAUCUUUACGCUAUUUCUUCUUCUGACAGCAAGGAAUUUGUCACUACACACUCACACACAAACACACAACCAUACACUUUCACUAUGAGAAAAAUGAAGCUGCUUCAAGGCAAACGAAUUUCUCCCUAGCUACUCACACUCCCACGAACAAACAUUCGUUUUGCAUUCUGCGUUCUGUUGCAGAUUAACUACAAAAGGAAAAACCCCGAAACUAAACACAACCACAUCCAACACCAACACGCAAAAACACAAAACCCCGAUUGUAACCGAUACGUAUGGCCAUCGUAUUUUUAAUAAAUCACUGCCAAAAUCACUGAACGGACGGAAUAUAUUUGAAGCAUGUGUUCACACCACUCCAACAAAACACUUCUGGGCUAUUGUCUGAUAUUUCUAUCGUAUAAUACUAAACCAAACCGGUUCGCGGGAAGAACGAACACAAACAAAAAACAAAAGGGGGAAGAAGAAAC